AUGGAGAGAAUCUCAUGUUUUUCCCAGAUUAUGCAUUCCUUGAAGUCGAAGGUCGAGAAACUCAAGUUAGCGAAAGCGAGCGCGGAGGAGAAAAUACGACGCCAAAGAGAACUGCUCCAGCAAGCCCGUCGAGAAGCAUCAGCCGCAGCUGAUCGGCAUAGAUACCAGUUGACGGCCUAUACCAAACGGCUGAAUUUCCUUCAAUCGCGACCUGACAAUCUCAAUGAUGAGGAAUGUGCACAGCUAACACGUCAACUCUGUCGACAUCUUGAUAUCUGGGUUAAAAAGAAUUUUAGUGAUGCAUCGAUUCUGAACACUAUGACGGUCGACUCUCUUCAUGCAAGUGGGUUGGAGGUUGUAGUCGCAACUGGUUAUCCCCAGAAUGCACAUCAACGCCGUGAACUUAUCCAGGAUUUGAUUACCAGAUACGUGCAUGCAGUUAUUUUUUCGCACCCCAUCUUUGGGGUUUGCGACGAUAGUCUGGAAAAGAUGUUGAUGACCGUCAAUCAUGAAGUAAUGAAUCUGUGUGCAAAUCAUGUGUGGGAACACUGGCGCUCUGCCACAAGCAUUGCGUUGGAAUCCCUGACGAAGUCCACAUGGCAAGAAUGGUGUCAAGAAAUGGUUGGAGCUGUAGAAAACGCAUUUUCUCAGUACUCCGGGACAGAGUCAAAAUCGAGGACAGCGCAUCUGCAAGAGUUCUUGCAGAAUUGCGCGAAGUUCAAGCGCAGACUGGAACGACAAGAACACACAUAUCGUUUUGAAAGCAGUGAUCCUGGAACGGCCUUCAUACCUGAGAAAAUGCACAGCCUCACAGCUGAGGAAAGCCCUGAUAGUACCAUCCUACUAAGCCUCUGGCCAUCUCUUUGGAAGGACACAAAAAGCGGGUCCCGGCUAAUCGAACACGAACUGGUAUGGACGAUAAGUCCAUCGCCAUCGAGCGAGGCAAGUGAUGGUGACCCCAAGAAGGAGGAUUGUGACUUCGACUAUGGGGAGAAGGAGGGUGAAGUGAUCAACCCGCAAGAAACGUCGAGUAAGCCUGCAGAGGACUCGCUGGAGCCACCAUCUCAGCAUGAAACAUGA